AUGUCCUCCCAGCCAGCCCAGCGAGACCAAACCAUCCCUUCUAUGCGCGCCGAGCCGUCGCAUCCAAGGAAUAUCAGACCACCUCCACCACCUCCGCCUAUGGAGCCAGUCAAUCUUUACCAGAGGCGACUUCCAUUGACACAAGGCUCCUUCGCAUAUUGUCGUGGCUUAGCCUUCUACGACUGUGCUUUCAUCGAUUCUUCAUCGUGCACCUCAGCCAACGAUCACCUUGACGCCAAGAUCAACGCGUUGCAGAUGGGAAGAAUGUCCUCGACGGACCGUUCUGGACGUGGCGAAGGAACCCCUGAGGAGCGAUCUUCCUAUUUGAAGCAUCCCACCGCGUGCUUAAUUGGAGUGACUACCAUCGUGGUUGGCACCUGUGCUUUGUGCGCGUGCCUCUCCAGGUCGUUGCGCCGUUGA